CCCUGAUGAUCGUUCGAGGACACCAACGCAUGAAACUUCCAGGUUCGACCUCACCAUAUAGUCAGACCCUUGUUUGAACCAUGUCUUGUGCAAAGUCUCCAGCGCUGGCUCUGCCAUCUCGGUGCGCUCGCGACCACACUUGUCAAUGGCCCAUCUACGCCGAGGGUGCUGAGCUUUUCUUACCAAAGAACGAAAUAUCCCCGCAAUGGCUGCUAAGAUCGAUUGAUGAUGAAGACGAUAACAAGGCUAUAGCCGCCGAAAUGAAAAGACACCGUCGGCGAUAUCCAGUCAUACAUCUUUGGAGACGAUUGAAGUAUAUGUUUUCCAGUCCGGGUAUGCCGCCUGAAGUGCGACCGUUCAGGUGGUUAAUCUCCUAUCAUGUGCUUCCAAAAGGAUACCAACACGGCCAAAAAGACCAGCCGCCGCCAUGGCGUAUGCUCGUGCGGUGCUUUUUAAUCGAUGUUCCCUCUCAAUUAAGUGAUUCGAAACAAAUAAAGUCCAUAAGAUCAUGGCAAAAGUAUCCUGCAAAAGGAAGAGAAGCCUUUUAUCAUCGAACAGAGCUCGACGAUGCUCCUCCUAACAUAACAUGUGGAAAGCGAGUUGUGUUUUCGCCCCAGAAGAAGAAUUUAAACAAAUCUCUCUGCGGAGAUUGGCUUUUUGUGGUCUACCUUUGGGCAGCUGACCGACCAUGGGCAGAGCAUAUGGAUGUACGGAAAUUGCUGUUAUUCUGUAAUAUAUUUAGCGUCCAAGCAUGGGAAUGGGCGGAUGGCAAGACGCCAUACUUGUUUUAUGAGCUUCGGCAGGGAGAAGACGGUAGGCUGUUGGAUACGGCAAACGACAAGCUCCAGUGUGAUGAUGACAACCUCGCGUAUCUUUGUGGCCGUACACCAGGAAGACUCUCUGCACUGCGUCGUAUUAUGAAUGCUCAGGCAAGAUUUCUUCUUGCUCUGUGAGCAAGCUGCCAAUCCUUGGGGCCAACAUUAAGAUGGGCUUGAACAGAGCAGUAGCUUGACUAAAACACACACAGAUAACUCAUCAAGCCGAUGUCAGUCAAAACUUACAUGUCGCUAGACUUCUCUCAUGGAUCCUUGAGGAAUUUUGAUGGGGGCUGGGGAUGAUGAGAGCAAUGAGAGUCGCUACGGUUUUCAUACUGUCUAUCAAUAACUUGUACUUGAUGCCAGUGGACUGAUAGUGCGUAGAGAUGCAAACGUUGAAAUGAGUGCCAACCGACCUGAGUGAGAAAAGGCCAAGGCGUAUAGUAAGGCGUAGCUAUCAAGACUGGCGAUUAGAAUACAGUUGGUCGUAACAAUCACAAUAAUAAGCAUCCCCAAGGCCAAUAUGCGUUUGUUG